AUGGUGGGAUGCUGCUCUGUUGCCCGCCUGCCCUCUUGGGUUGUUUCUGAGCAGGCUCCAGUUAAAAGGUGCCGAUGUGCCUGGUGGUGGCAGCUGCCGCGGGCUGUGGUUCUCACUAGCGGGCGGGAGCUGGAGGUCAGUAGGUCGGUCUUGGACCAAAGGGAGUUGGGGGUUCAGAGGAGCACACAUAGUGCCAUCUGCAUUAGAAAACUCUUGGCUUUCUUUACAAAAUCCUGUUGUUUGUCAAAUGCUGAAUGUUGCCCUGCUUCUUUUUCAGUACCAAAGAAAUGUCAGAAGGCUCGUGAACACUUUGGUACAGUCAGAACCCAGCUGGCAUCUCUGAAGACCAAGUUUCCUGCUGACCAGUACUACAGAUUUCAUGAGCACUGGAGGUUUGUGCUGCAGCGGUUGGUGUUUCUGGCAGCAUUUGUUGUCUACUUGGAAGCAGAAACAUUAGUGACCCGAGAAGCUGUUGCAGAAAUACUUGGGAUUGAAGCUGAUCGAGAGAGAGGCUUUCAUCUGGACAUAGAAGACUAUCUUUCUGGUGUGUUAACUCUUGCCAGUGAGCUGGCCAGGCUGGCAGUGAACAGCGUCACGGCCGGCGACUACUCGCGCCCUCUGCGCAUCUCCACUUUUAUCAACGAGCUGGAUUCUGGCUUCCGUCUCCUCAACCUGAAAAACGACUCCCUGCGGAAGCGCUACGAUGGCCUCAAGUACGAUGUCAAGAAAAUUGAGGAAGUGGUUUACGACUUGUCGAUCAGAGGACUCAAUAAGGAGGCCACGGGCGGUGUUGGUGGUGAGAAAUGAAGGAUGCUCGUGGCAUCAUUGAUUACCUCAGAUGGUUGCCAAUUUCGGAGGCAUGUUAGCAAAACCCUCCUGCAGUAGUUUAGAAGAACUGCAGCUGAAAGCUGCUCUCUAUUUUCUUACAAAAUGUGUAGUACGGGUGUUAGAUCUCCAAAUGUUUUGUAAAAUCAUGCUUAGGUUAGGACAAAAGGCUCUUUUUGGUGAAAUUCCUCUGUCAAAACACAUUGCUGCUCUGCGCCCAGCAGCACUAGCUCUCGCUAACUCUCAUAAGC